AUGCCCUCGACUUACACGGGGAGAUCCAGGGCGCGUGAGAGGAACAGUGUCCUGAGCAGACCUGAGUUCAUGUCCCUCAACCAGCAGGCCCCCCGCGCCUCAGGCGGGCCCCCGGAGAGCCGCGGCGGCUCCAGACGACCACCUCAAAUCAAGCACCAAAGCAGCCAGAAGGUCGAGGAACCUACCGACAGCGGCAGCAAGGACAGGAGGGAGUCCACCAAGAUGCCGGAGGAGGACUGCAUGCAGCUGAACCCUUCCUUCAAGGGAAUAGCCAUGAACUCCCUCCUCGCCAUUGACAUCUGUCUGUCCAAACGCAUGGGGGUGUGCGCUUACACGUCCUCCUCCUGGGGAGGCUGCCGCUCCAUGGUGGCCCUGCUGGCGCUGACGGGCCACGGGAUCACGUGGAUCAUUGGCACUAUCGUGUGUCUCACGCGGAGCAACACCCUGGCAGGACAAGAGGUCUUAGUCAACCUGCUGCUGGCCCUCGUCCUUGACGUCAUGACGGUGGCUGGAGUCCAGAGACUCGUGAAGCGAAGGGGACCCUGGGAGAUGAUGCCAGGCUUCCUGGACUGCGUCGCCAUGGAUGUGUACUCCUUCCCUGCUGCCCAUGCCAGCCGGGCAGCCAUGGUCUCCAAGUUUCUACUGUCCCAUCUGGUCCUGGCUGUCCCACUUCGCAUCCUGCUGGUGCUGUGGGCCUUCCUGGUGGGCAUGUCCCGGGUGCUCUUGGGUAAACACCACCUAACAGAUAUGGUGUGUGGCUUUGCGCUGGGCAUGCUGCACUUCAGUCUGAUGGAGUCGGUGUGGCUCUCGUCCAACACCUGUCAGACUCUCAUCUCCAUCAGCACGCUCAGCUGGAGCCCCUUUUUUUGAG